GGAGGAGGGUGGCCAUGCGGGCCCUAGUGUCUGUGAUCCUCCCUGUCCACAAUGCUGAGCCCUGGCUAGACGAGUGCUUGGGGUCUGUUUUGCAGCAGGACUUUGAAGGUUCCAUGGAGCUCUCAGUUUUUAAUGAUGCCAGUAAGGACAGGUCUAUGGCUAUCAUUGAAAAAUGGAAAGUAAAGCUUGAAGGUUCCGGUAUCUUGGUGGUCGUCGGAGGGCACAAUUCUCCUUCUCCCCGAGGAGUUGGAUAUUCUAAGAACCAAGCAAUAGCACAGAGCUCAGGGUCUUACCUUUGCUUUUUGGAUUCGGACGACGUGAUGAUGCCGCAGAGGGUACGGCUGCAACUUGAAGCCGCCAUUGGGCACCCAGCAAGUAUCAUAGGUUGCCAAGUGAGGAGAGAGCCCCCCAACUCCACGGAACGAUACACGCGUUGGAUCAACCAGCUGGCCUCCGAUCAGCUUCUCACCCAGGUUUUCACCUCCAAUGGCCCAACUGUGAUCAUGCCUACCUGGUUCUGCUCUCGGGCGUGGUUCUCUCACGUGGGCCCGUUUGACGAGGGCGGGCAGGGUGUGCCUGAGGACCUGCUGUUCUUCUACAACCACCUCAGGAAGGGCGGUGGUGUCGUCCGGGUGGACCAGUGCCUCCUCCUCUACCGCUACCACCAUGGUGCAGCCACGCACUCUGUUCUCGAGACGACUCUCUGGACACACCGUGUCCGCUUUCUAGAAGAACGGGCUUUGCCACACUGGGCGACCUUCACCAUCUGGAACGCAGGGAAGCAGGGCCGAAGGCUGUACCGCAGCCUCACAGCAGGGGCACGGCGCAAGGUGGUUGCCUUCUGCGACGUGGACGAGAACAAGAUCAAGAAGGGCUUUUACUGCUAUGAAGACUCUCAGGAAAGACCGAAGCCACAGGUGCCCAUCCUGCACUUCCGAGUUGCCCGGCCGCCCUUCGUCAUCUGUGUGAAGCUGGACCUGACGGGGGGUGCUUUUGAAGACAACCUGAGAUCGCUGCACCUGCAGGAGGGCCGUGACUUCCUGCACUUCAGCUGACAGGCCCACAGCAGCCACUGUCCUGCAGGUUUCACUAGGGACACAGUUCUAAGCACAGUGACGCACUUAUAGCCUCUUGG